UAGAUUUAGUAUCGUUCAUCCUGAGUGGCAUUGUGGCAUCGGAACUAAAUUAAAAAUUUUAAAUGAGUUGGUUUGAAAAGUUAAAGGACUGCCUAAGGACUUCUUCACUGCUCUAGUAGUAGUAUGCAAUUGAAUUGGUCCCGUUUGGCAGGUCUUGAGUUGCGGACCUAAAAUGCGAGGAAAACGCUACAAGAAAGCCCAAAAGUUUCUCUCAUUCUACGAAACCAGUUUUGAUUUCCGAUCGCCUUUUCCUGUGCUAAUCGAUGGAACAUUUUGUUUUCUCGCUUUGAAAAUGAAAAUCAACCUGCGGGAACAGUUACCGAAAUAUCUGGGAGCAGAAUGCCAGUUGUUGACCACUACAUGCUGCCUGCAUGAAACCACGAACCUGGGUCCAGAGCUUCAUGGUGCACUGUGUGUAUUGAAGCAGUUCAGCCUUGCACCCUGUAAUCACCAAGAGAAGCCUUUGCCAGCCAGUGCCUGCUUGGAAACACUAACAAGAGGCGGCAAUACCGAGAAGUUCCUUAUUGCCAGCCAGGAUCUUGAUCUCCAAGACAAACUGCGAAAGAAAGCAGGGGUGCCCAUUCUCUAUCUCCAUCACCAUUCUCUAACUCUGGAAAAGCCAUCGGAAAAAUCUCUCGAAGUGGCGCGAACGCGACAGAAUGAGAAACUGGAACCGAGCGGCUAUCAGAAGGAUGUGAUAGGCGAAAUGAAAAAGAGGGAAUUGGGCGAAACAUCGGCCAGCCUUCCACCGAAAAGGAAACGCAAAGGACCGAAGCAGCCCAAUCCUUUGUCGUGUAAAAAAUCCAAGAAAGAUAAAUUAGUCAAAUCCUUACAAGUGGAGAUGAAGGUCGGCAAGAGUAAAGGACGGCGACGGCAUAAGCGGAUUAAUAUGUGUGAUGCCCUGAAGAACAUCCAUGCAAAACUUGUUAAGCAAGCGGAAGCGAAUUCAUAAAUUGCGGUGCGUUGAAUGGGAUAAAGUAAUCAUGAAGAGUUUUAUUUCAAGACUGAUUGGUUCUGGUUUCAGCAAAACGCUACUGUACUACAAUAAUAAAAUUUAUUGAGCCGCAUUAUUUGUUAAAGAGUAUCUGUAUAAUACACUCGUUAUGAUUCGUUUCAUAAGGUGAAUACUUGAUAGUAUGCUCAAUGUUGUAGCGGGAGUAUCGAAUGGCAUCUGUUUCCUACACGCACUGUGUGACCAUGAAAAUUACGCCUUCUGAUAGGUUGCAU